AUGUCCGAAAAGGAAAACCUGCGGGACCAGUUCGUGUCGGGUCCCGCGAGCGACGAGAUGAGGAGUCGGUUGUUCGCGGAGCCGGACUUAACCUACAAACGGGCGGUGGAGUUGGCGAUGGCACUGGAGGCCGCGGAACGUCACGCGGAGACGAGCGGCGCGGGCACAGCGGGCACGGUGGGCGCAGCGGGCGCAGCGGGCGCGACGGCGGUGCACCGGCUGGGGAGCGGCGGCGGCAGGGCGGGCCGCAGGCCGAGCGGAGGCGGCGGCAGCGGCAGCGGCGGCGGUGGCAGGCUGUGCUGGCGGUGCGGGCGCGGUCACCCACCGGACAGGUGCCGCUUCAGGAACUUUUCGUGUGAUCGAUGCGGCGCUAAAGGGCAUCUAAAGGUGAUGUGUAAGACCGGUGUUGAGAGGCGUCGGGAACCUUCGGAUAGUGAGGUAUUUAUGAACAAAAAACAGUUGCAUAACAUCGCAGAAAGCAGUGAGUCCGAGUACGACGAUUUCUUUAAAAUUUGUGUAAACGGCUCUAAUGAUAAGCCUUAUGUACUCAAGAUUAUUGUUAAUUCUGUACCGAUUUCUUUUGAAGUAGACACGGGGAGUAAAAUCUCAGCAAUCAAUUGCGAAUUUUAUCGUAAAUACUUUUCACAUAGUAAAAUAUCGGGAACUAAACUUAAAUUACAUUCAUAUACGGGUGGUACAAUAGAACCUUUAGGUUUCAUUAUCGUGUCGGCCCAGUGCGUGGACGCGCACGGUGAGACGCGCGCCGCGCGGGCGCUCCCGCUGUACGUCAUCCCCGGAGGGGGGCCCCCGCUCCUGGGCCGCGCGUGGCUACGUUGUUUACAUCUCGAUAAAAUUAAUAUUGCACUAUACAAUAUUGAGUCUCACGGGGAGUCUGAACAUAUCGUACAGAAAUUGAGUCGCGAGUUUGCCGAUGUUUUUGCCCCGGGUUUAGGAACGUGCACGAGUCGAUUCAGCCUCAGAUUACGAGAUAGUAAACCUAUAUUUAUUAAAGCUCGUAACUUACCCCUAGCGAUGCGCAAACCGGUCGAAGCGGAAUUAGAUAGGUUAGUUCAGGAAGGAACUAUAGUAAAAAUUCAAAAUUCUGAGUACGGGACGCCGAUCGUGCCCGUGGUCAAAAGAAAUGGGGAUAUCAGAAUUUGUGGGGACUACAAGGUCACGGUUAAUCCUCAACUCGUACGCGAACCGUAUCCCUUGCCGCGUAUCGAGGAGCUGUACGCCACGUUGAGCGGCGCUCAGGUGUUCUCAAAAAUCGACUUGGCACACGCGUACGAGCAAUUUUUACUUGAUGACGAUUCACAAGCGUGCACGGCAAUUAGUACUCACGUAGGUACUUUCAAGUACAUCCGUACGCCUUACGGAUUAAGUUGCAUCCCCGAAAAAUUUCAAAAGUUUAUGGAGGAGGUGAUGAGGGGCGUCCCGAUGACGGUCGUUUUCAUCGACGAUAUUUGCGUAGGCGGAGUCUCUUUUAGUGAUAAUUUACGUAAUUUGAGAGAGGUAUUAGCUAGAUUGCAGAAUGUGGGACUUAGAAUUAAAUUUGAUAAAUGCGAGUUCUUUAAAAGCAAAGUUUGCUACUUAGGGCACGUUAUAGAUAAAAACGGGCUUCAUCCAGAUGAUAAAAAAGUAGCAGCCAUACUCAAAGCUCCCCGGCCUGAGGACGUCACACAACUUAAGGCAUUUCUGGGUCUCGUAAAUUAUUACGGUAAAUUUAUUGCACAUUUGAGUACUAUUUUAUAUCCACUUUAUAAAUUGUUGAAAAAAGAUACCCCUUGGAAGUGGAAUACGACAUGUGAUGAGGCCUUUUCACAAAUAAAGCGUAUGUUGAGCUCUGAUGUUGUGUUGGCUCAUUACGACCCGAAUGUCGAGUUGGUGCUGAGCGUCGACAGCAGCGCCUACGGCAUAGGUGCGGUACUGGCGCAUAGGUAUAAAGACGGUAGUGAAAAACCUAUCUGCUACUCGUCGCGGACGCUAUCCUCGGCUGAGCUUUCAUAUAGUCAGCUGGACAAGGAAGCCCUAGCUAUUUAUUUUGGCGUCAUUAAAAAUCACCAAUAUCUGUACGGCAGAAAUUUUACAAUUCGGACGGACCACAAGCCAUUGUCUCACAUUUUUGGCGAUAAAAUAGGUAUUCCGCAGUCUGCGGCUAGUAGGUUACAGCGGUACGCGGCGCGGCUGGCGGCCUACACCUUUUCUAUUGAGUGGAUUAAUUCAGCGAGUAAUGCACCCGCAGACUGCCUAUCUCGUCUUCCUUUACAGUCAAAGUAUGUCACCGAAGACGACGAUAGUAUAUCGUAUUUAUUUUUUAUAGAAAAUGAAUUUCCUAUUAAUUAUAAAGAUAUCGCAAAGGCUACAGCGCGAGGCUCCAUAUUGCGUAACGUUGUAAGAUACAUAUCUGUCGGUUGGCCUAAAGAUGUAUCUCAUAAAGAGAAGUGCUACUUCGAUAGAAGAAAGGAUCUAUUGAUCGAGAAUGGUUGCAUCGUUUUCAACUAUCGAAUCGUCGUACCGCCCGUAUACCGAAAAAAAAUUCUAGCCGAAUUGCACGAGGGCCACUUAGGCAUCGUAAAAAUGAAAAGUAUUGCACGAAGCUACGUUUAUUGGCCGGGAAUAGACGCCGAGAUUGAAAAUAUUUGUAAGUCGUGUAGUGCCUGUCGCCAGCAGCGCGAUCUCCCCCGCACGCCCCUCUCACGCCGUGGCAGUUCCCCGCGCGCUCCUGGCAGAGGCUCCAUGCGGACUUCGGCGAGUACAAGGGCAAACACUAUUUAAUUAUAAUCGACGCCCAUAGUAAGUGGAUCGAGGUGUUUCAAAUGAACACCACUAGUGCCUCGGCCGUAAUUAAGAUAUUUCGGGAAAUAUUUGCUAGGUUCGGGCUUCCGUCCCAAAUUGUUACCGAUAACGGGCCACCUUUCACUUCUAGUGAAUUGAAAUCGUACUUGGAUAGGAACGGCAUCGUACAUAAUCUAACUAGCCCCUAUAGGCCAAAGGGUAACGGGGCGGCCGAGAACGCUGUAAAAACAGUUAAAAACUGUAUAAAGAAGGCUCACUACGAGGGGUUAGACGUGGAGCGAGCCCUUAGCAAAAUGCUCUUUCAAUAUCGUAAUUGCGAGCACGCAACUACCGGAAUUCCCCCCGCCGUGGCCCUCCUGGGUCGCAGGCUUCGUGGGCGUCUAGAUCUCCUGCGUUUCGAUGUGGAGGAGCGUGUUCGGGCCAAACAGUCGCAGCAGGUCGAGCGUGCAGGCGGCACGCACCGUGACGUAGGCGUAGGUGACAGGGUAUUCGUGCGAGACUACUCGUUACGUAACAAU